AUGAGAAAGGAAAGGAAGGCAGACGUCGCACGGGUGAAACGCAACAAGACAGACAAACAAGACAUUUAGCCCCUCCAAAAACAAAAGCCAGAACAGCUCGGAACAGUCACGACAAGACUUCCAACGAGACGGCUUUAGAACGCGGGAGAGAAACACCCCGUUUAAUUUUAUUUAACGAGCAGCAAUUAAUGCUUUUCGCCCGCCAUUUAGUUCAUCAGCACGUCGUGAAAGUGAAAGCAAGCUAGCUCGAGCGAGCCGACUCGGCGUUUUUCUGAAAAGUUCUCGUCUUGUCACUUCAGUACACCAGUUCGAAGAGUGUCCCUCGUGUUAUUUUUAUUUUUUUUGAAAAAACACAACUUGUAGUAACCGAGGAGGAGGUGGUGGUGGAGGGAGGCGGGAGGAGGAGGCACAAAGAAGAGAGGGGAGCAUCCACACAAGAGGACGGGACACAGGGAGAGGAAGACAACGACACGAGCAUCCCUCUGUUUUGUGUGUCAAUCUUCACCUGCUUUGAGGCAACCCCACGGCUGCUUUCUCCACCUGAAAGAUCAACUCAGCGUCAGCCACUCCUCCGGUUUGGGGAUACCCGCCUCUUAAAUUGUUUGGUCCUCGGCCCCCCUCCCACUACCCCCUCCCUCCGGCAGUAACUGAGCCCCACGCUCCGUCCCGAUGAAGGAGGCCGACGCCAUCAAGUUGUUUGUGGGGCAGAUUCCCCGGAAUCUGGAGGAGAAGGACCUCAAACCCAUCUUUGAGCAGUUUGGCAAAAUCUACGAGCUCACCGUGAUAAAGGACAAAUACACCGGCAUGCACAAAGGAUGUGCGUUUCUGACGUACUGUGCGAGGGAGUCUGCGUUGAAAGCCCAGAGCGCCCUUCACGAGCAGAAAACACUACCAGGGAUGAAUCGGCCAAUCCAAGUGAAACCAGCAGACAGUGAAGGCAGAGGCGAGGACAGGAAGUUGUUUGUGGGCAUGCUGGGGAAGCAACAGAGCGACGAGGAUGUUCGAAGGCUGUUCGAGCCCUUUGGCAGCAUAGACGAGUGCACUGUGUUGAGAGGACCUGACGGCACCAGCAAAGGGUGUGCAUUUGUAAAAUUUCAGGGACAUGCUGAAGCCCAGGCUGCAAUCAAUAGCCUGCAUGGGAGUCGCACAAUGCCUGGGGCGUCAUCCAGUCUGGUGGUAAAGUUUGCUGACACCGAAAAGGAGCGGGGACUCAGGAGGAUGCAGCAAGUGGCCUCCCAGCUGGGGAUCUUCAGCCCAAUGACCCUCAACUUCCCCGCCUACAACGCCUACACGCAGGCGGUCAACGCUCAGCUUGUCCAACAGCAGGCCCUGGUCGCCCAGUCGGCGUACUUGUCCCCCGUGGCGACAGUCGCCGCCGUACAGAUGCAGCAGAUGGCGGCGCUCAAUGCCAACGGAAUCAUCGCCACGCCCAUUACGCCCAUCACGCCGUCUUCAGGGACAAACACUCCUCCGACUAUCGCAGCUACGCCUGUGCCAGCUCUCCCUCCACCUAUAGGAGUGAACGGUUAUAGCAGUGUCCCGGCUCCAACUAAUGGACAACAAGGAACAGAGACAUUAUACACCAAUGGCGUUCACACAUAUCAAGCUCAAACUCCAGCAGCAUUGGACCCACUACAACAGGCCUAUGCUGGCAUGCAGCAUUACACAGCAGCGUAUCCUGCCGCCUACGGAUUGGUCGGCCAGCCGUUCCCCCAGCAGCCAACACUGGUUGCCCAGCAACACCAGCAGCCCCAGCAACAGCAGCAAAGAGAAGGUCCUGAGGGUUGCAACAUCUUCAUCUACCACCUGCCUCAGGAGUUUAGUGAUUCCGAGAUGCUCCAGAUGUUCCUGCCCUUUGGCAAUGUCAUCUCAGCUAAGGUGUUUGUUGACCGGGCCACCAACCAGAGCAAAUGUUUUGGAUUUGUGAGUUUCGACAACCCUGCUAGCGCUCAGGCCGCCAUUCAGGCGAUGAACGGCUUCCAGAUCGGCAUGAAGAGACUCAAAGUGCAGCUCAAAAGGCCCAAGGAUGCCAACCGUCCAUACUGAGUGACAGCAGAGAGGAAGAUGGAUGAAUACAUAAAUGAAGGUGACCUUUCUGAGCUGAGGUGGAAAUUCCAGAGCGCUUUCCCGUCGCCUCUGUGUAUCUACGGCGUGCAUUUCAUGUACUCGAACUGACAAACACACACAUACACACAAACAUACCCACACAAAACCUCCAACAGCACACAAGACUGACUGACAGGUGUACAUAACACAAACACACCAUGUAGAGCCGAGAGCACCAUCUAGUCGCCGACAGGGUGUUUUAGUACAGUUCCAGCCUGCUGUACUGUAUGUGGAUGGUUGAUUUACAAAAAAAAAAAAAAAAGUGCUGAUAUAUCACUUCCAUGGACAUGCC